ACCCCAACCCAACUGCAAAACCCUAAUCCCCUCCUCCCCGCUGCCUCCGCCGCCAUGGGCUCCACCGCCGCCGCCUCCGCCGCCACGCUCCCGGCCUCCGCCGGCGCCGGAGAGAACCUGGUCCUCAUCCUCGACUUCGGCUCGCAGUACACCCACCUCAUCACCCGCCGCGUCCGGCAGCUGGGUGUCCUCUCCCUCUGCGUCUCCGGCACGGCGCCACUCUCGUCCCUCGAGGGACUCCGCCCGCGCGCCGUCGUACUCUCUGGCGGUCCCCAUUCCGUCCACGCCCCCGGCGCGCCGUCCUUUCCCGAGGGAUUCCUCGACUUCGCCACCGACGCCGGCGCGCACGUGCUUGGCGUCUGCUACGGGAUGCAGCUCCUCGUGCAAUCUCUCGGCGGCGCCGUCGAGCCCGGCGAGCGGCAGGAGUACGGGAAGAUGGACGUCGAGAUGACGGCGCCGUCCUCCGCGCUGUACGGGGAGGGGGAAGCGGAGAUGGGGAAGCGGCAGACGGUGUGGAUGAGCCACGGCGACGAGGUGGUCAGGCUGCCGGAGGGGUUCGAGGUUGUCGCCCGCAGCGUGCAGGGCGCCAUCGCCGCCAUCGAGAACCGGGAGAAGCGCUUCUAUGGGCUCCAGUACCACCCCGAGGUUACACAUUCACCUCAAGGAAUGGAAACGCUGCACCGCUUUCUCUUUGAUAUUUGUGGGAUAAAAGCUGACUGGAAGAUGCAAGAUGUGCUGGAUGAAGAAAUCAAGACCAUCCAAAGCAUGGUUGGCCCUGAUGAACAUGUUAUUUGUGCUUUAUCAGGCGGAGUUGAUUCAACAGUUGCGGCCACUCUGGUUCACAAGGCAAUAGGAGAUAGACUUCACUGUAUUUUUGUUGACAAUGGUCUAUUAAGAUAUAAGGAGGGAGAACGAGUAAUGUCAACCUUUGAAAGUGACUUGCAACUGCCAGUCACAUGUCUUGAUGCCUCAGAGCAAUUUCUUAGUAAGUUAAAGGGUGUCACAGACCCAGAGAAAAAAAGAAAGAUUAUUGGCAGGGAAUUCAUAGCUGUCUUUGAUGAUUUUGCUCACAAGCUAGAACAGAAGGUCGGGAAAAGGCCUGAAUAUUUAGUUCAAGGAACAUUGUACCCUGAUGUAAUUGAAUCAUGCCCACCUCCUGGUAGUGGAAGGACACAUUCCCACACUAUCAAAAGCCAUCACAAUGUUGGUGGCCUUCCAAAAGAUAUGAAGUUAAAGCUCAUCGAACCACUCAAGCUCCUAUUUAAGGAUGAGGUGCGGAAGUUGGGAAGUAUUUUGAAUGUCCCAGAUUCAUUUUUAAAGCGACACCCAUUUCCUGGGCCUGGUCUUGCUGUACGCAUUCUAGGUGAUGUUACAGAAGGCAAUGCUCUGGAGGUUCUUCGUCAGGUGGAUGAGAUAUUUGUUCAAGCUAUUAAAGAUGCAGGCCUCUAUGAUGAAAUUUGGCAAGCUUUUGCUGUGUUCUUGCCUGUUCAAACAGUUGGGGUUCAGGGUGACCAGAGAACUCAUUCCAACCCUGUUGCUCUAAGGGCAAUCACCAGUGAGGAUGGCAUGACUGCAGAUUGGUAUUAUUUUGGCCAUGAAUUCCUGGUAGAUGUGGUCAGUAAGAUCUGCAAUAACGUGCGGGGCGUUAACCGUGUUUGCUUGGACAUAACACCAAAACCACCUGCAACAGUGGAGUGGGAGUAGUAACUGAUGCUCUGAUGCUGCCACGGUGGGAUGGGAAUAGGACAUUAUGCUCUUGUGCUGCAACGGUUGAGUGGGAACAACAACUUACCUUAUGCUGGGAUCAAAUGAUAUAUGCCUCUGGUUAUUAAUAGAGUAUCGUUUACACCUUAGUCAAAUCCGCUUUGUCAAACCUUAGAUAGAUGGUAAACUAAGCAAAGGUUGUGAACUACAUGAUCUGCUUUCUAUCCAUCUGGUUAUUCCCUUUUCAGGAUCA